UUCAGCCGCAUAUAAAAGCUACCGAUGAAAGCAAAUAUUGGGUAGGAAAACUGUGACACGGAGAGUGUAUUAUCAUGAUUAUGUGAAAACUCGACGCAUUCUCCAUUCAAGGUUAGUAUCUGUGCAUCCAAAAUGGAAAAGCUGCUACGAAAGUUUCAGGGGAAGAAGGCCCCAAACCCUCCAAAGCGAGAUUACACCGACAAACAGGGUGGGGAGCGGAGAACGAAGAGCUCUAUGAGCGACUCCGAGGAUGAACUGGGCGGCGGAGGAGUGUUCCGUAUGUCGAACGAGACCUCACCCAGGGGGAGCUCCCCGACACCGCACGGCGGCACCGUGGAAAGGUUCCGAUUUAGCAGCCAGACCUCUUACGGGACCGGAACAGUGGACUUGAAAAGCUGCGGUGCUGGCUCAGGAAGCCAGUUUGGUACAAACAGCCGAAAUGUCGGUGGUGGGGAAGGCUUGUUGGAUACGAGGAGAAGAAAUGACAGUGGAGGUGGUCCGAAAAGUCCAAACACAAAAACGCCCAUCGUUUUGGAUGACUACAGUGAUCCCAAAGAUGUCCUGAAAGCAGCCAUGGAGAGCGGUUUCAUUCCACCCCGGACCGAAGGCCACAACGUCAGCAGACCGUACGCGGAAGAUGAUUACUCGGUACCCUACGAAAUGAUCAAACAGAUGCGAUCUGGCCUCUUGCCAGAAGACGGCCCCAUCCCCAAUCAGCCCUACGCAGAUGAUGAUUAUAGCUUGCCGUAUGAUAUUGUCAAAAAAACCAAACAUCACAUCCCAGAAGAAGGAUGGGAUCCCAAUCGAAUGGCCAUCCCAGAGGAUGACUAUUCUUUACCAUACGAUGUUAUCAAACAUCUUAAGAAGCAACCUCCACCCUCCAAAGGCAAAUCAUCAGUGAGACAACACCAGCAUCAAUAUGAGGAACCGCCAGACACCAGUGAGAUCCCCAGGCGGACGUCAGCAGGCGAGAUUGCAGAGGAGCAUCAGUUCUGGGAGGAGAUAAACGUUACAGAGGAGGCAGCAUCCGGGGCCACCAAGGACCCCCAGGAGAAUGGCACGGCUUUGCUGUCGGACCCGCCCCUGUCCCCUGCCCCCGACCAGACACCCCAGAACGACAUGAGGCCACAGGGAGAAUACGACAACCCGUGGGAGUGGCGGUCCCCUGCCCUCCCCCGGCUACCGCCGGAGUCACCAGGCGGUGAGUUUAAGCGGUCACGGAGUAAGUCCGAUGUCGCGCACCUGGGCGGGAUCAACCGAACCAGUCCAGAUAGCGACACCCGACCACAGGAUGAUUAUGACCAGCCCUGGGAAUGGAUACAGAAGAAUAGGCAAAUGUCGCAGGUCUUGACAGAGAAAGAGAAGCAGAGCCUGGUGUCGAGGUCGGGGGCGUCGACGCCCGACAACUUGAGGCGGGGCUCACCGCGGAAGCUCAACACGGAGCUGAAGCUGGAGCUGAGGCACAAACAUGAGGUGCAAGGGGAGAAGAUCGAUCCUAACCUCAGCCUGGACGAGCAGAGCUUCUACCACGGCAAGUUAUCCAGACUAGAAGCCGAGAAGCUCUUGAAGCCGUGCAAGGAAUGCAGCUACCUGGUCAGACAGAGUGAAAGUGCUCAGAAGGACUACUCUCUCUCCCUCAAGAGUGCCAAAGGCUUCAUGCACAUGAAGAUCGUCUGCAACUCCCAAGGUUACAUCCUGGGGGAGUUCAGCAAACCGUUUAAGGGCAUCCCACCCAUGAUACACUACUACACAACACACAAGCUCAACAUCCGAGGAGCAGAGCACAUGGCCCUGCUGCAUCCAGUGGAGAACCAGAUGCUAUGAUCUUGCACUUCUUGGACAUGCUCGCCACCGAUUGACUCAUUGUCAUCACCUUUGUGACCAUGCUUUGCCAUUAAUCGCAAUCAGAUACACAGAAAAUUAGGUAACCACGUCAGACUUAUUUGGUGUUGAAUGUGAGUAAUCCAGUCUCAAGACUUCCAUUUUCAAAGACUGUUUUCCAGGUUUGAUUCUUGUAAAUUCCACAGCGAACAUUUAUUUUGACAGUGAAUCUGGUUACUUUCAAAUCACAGCUGUAGUUCAUUUGGUCGGAGAAGAACCAUGUGUUGAGGUUCUGUGUGAGACAUACACUGUCAAGACAAAUUUCCUGUGCUUGGCUUGACAUUGACAUUGUGCUACAGAAUUGCCUAAAGGGAACAUUGCAUGUCACGGAUCACGUUGUCAUUGUGUCAGACACCAGGGGGGUAUUGUCAAAUCCAGAGACUAGCAGAACUUGGCACCCUUGGAGUAGUGAAUAGCUGAAACAAUGCUUAUCUACCUGAGUUGUAGAGGACACACCGUGUCUUUGCUGGGGCACAUCAGAGCUUGGGCAUUUAGAAACUCAUGCCACCGAUGUUCGUAGGUGGAGAGACAUUGGGAAGGAGAAGAGCUCUGCUCAUGUUGGAAUUCGAUGGUCAUCUACCUUGACCACCAUCCCAGUUGCCAGUUCUGGUGAAGCUGCCAAACACUGCAAUCUGCUAAGCACGGAAAUAUUUUUGCUUAGCAACAGCAGGUUACCAGCUAAAUUCUCUAUUGAUGCAUGUCACUUGUAGCUGGUUCCCAGCUUGAUUUUGCCUAGCAAGGAAAGUUUGCUAAGCAGUAUUUCUGUCUGAGCUGCUCCAUGACAUGGGACCCUGAUAUGUUCAUAUUGAGUAUUCCGCCGUACUUUCAGGUGCCAUUGUGGUUGCGCGCUUUGCCCGCUGCUUGCUGGAAAAGUGGCUACGUUAAUCCAGUAUGAGUUAUCAGUGGUGCAGUAGAGAGGGUUCAGAGGGUUGAAUCACCUCUCCCCCUCCCCUCCCCCAUAACCACAAAAAAGCUGAAAAGUAAAAAGAGAAUAAAAUGUCCCAGCCAUGCUCUAAGGCUUUGUAAGAUAAAGAAAUUGAAAUAGACGUAAGACUUCCAUCCAUACAGAUUUCUUUAGGUGAGUCACUACAUGCAGGAUGGUACCCUCCUCCCCUCCCACAC